CUUCUCAAAGCGUCGGUCGUAAACAAACAAGAGAAAGAAAGAGAAGAAGCUGAGUGAAAAACACUUCUUAGUGGUAAAUUAAGAGAAGUUGAGAAGGAGAGAAGGAGACAUAACGCGACAGAGAAGAAGGAGUGGAGGAGAUCCAGAAAGACACCAAAAAUAACAACCACAAUGUCAGUACAGAUAGAAAAACGGCGAUAUGACUGCUCCGCACUUCCGAAGGGCUGGAAGAGGGAGGAAGUACUCAGGAAGACAGGAUUAACUUCGGGGAAAGUCGAUGUUUAUUACUACAGUCCAAAUGGAAAAAAGUUCAGAAGCAAGCCCCAGCUGGCCAGAUAUCUUGGAGACACCGUGGACUUGUCAUCAUUUGACUUUCGGACAGGAAAAGUCAACCCUAUGUUGGUAAGGAAGAAUAAAAAACCAAGAGGAACUCUAUUUGACUACAGUCGUGGAAUGCGGAAUGAUGCAUCACUGGUACCACCCAUCCGCCAAACAGCUUCGAUAUUCAAGCAGCCUGUAACUGUAAUUAAAACACAGCCAUCAAGUAGAGUGAAGCUUGAUAUGAAACAUGGUAUACAGGAUAAGCCAAAACAGUUAUUCUGGGAAAAGAGGCUCCAGGGUCUUCAGGCCUUUGAUGCACAGACAGAAGUCCUCAGGAAUGUUGACUUGCCAGCUGCCCUACAAGGUGUGGGGCCCAAUGUGGAGGAUCAGACAGUCUUGCAGAGUUUAGCAACUGCCUUGCAUUUACAUCCCGGUCCCAUCACAGGUCAAACUGAAGCAAAGCAGAGCCUUGAGAAAAAUCCAGGCGUCUUUGUUAACCCAAAUCAACCACUUGUUGCAGCAGUCACCAUCCAGGAUGAAGACAUAGUGCAGCAGGAGGAAAGGGUAGACCAUGCACGGCAGCAACUGCAGGAGGCUCUUAAGGGACUAGAGCCGUGAAGAACAAGAAAAAAAAGAAUGGGAAAUAAGGAGUAAUGUCUAGAAUUUAAAAUUGCAAAUAUUAUAUGUAAUUGCAUACAUAAAUACUACAUAGGUAUUUUGUGUGUGCUGAUAUGCAAUUUUUUGUUGUUUUUUAUUCUUUUGAUACAUGUAAUAGUGAUGGCAUAAAAUGUAGAAGUUCAUCUGCUAAAUAGGAAUUAAACCUUUAUUAAAUAUUAGAUAAUGUAAAGUUUAUAAUGGAAUAAACCUUCUAGUAAACAUGAAAUGGGAUAAAAUUUUCUAUUUAAAAAGUCUUAACGAAAGAACUAGAUCAGAUAAUUAUCAUUAAAGAAAAUAUGUUCAAUAUGAUAUCAGCAUUGUAUUAUCCAUGGCCACAUUUUAUAAUGUAUAUGUGCGUAUGUAAGGGAAUUAUUUUCUUUUAUCCAUUCAGGUUUGAUAAAGUAGAAUUCGAGAAUGGAAUGUAACUAGUAUAGAUCUAGGCAAAUAUUUCCUCUCAUUAGAAACUUCGUUUUCUGUUAAAAUCUAUCUGUGCUCCUUCUUAAAACAAAAAAGUGAAAUAUAUUUAUAUAUUUAAGGUCUUCAUGAUUGGCCUAUCAAUUUGUAAAAUAUGCAUACUUAAUAAAAAUAAUGUCUCCAGA